AUGAGUACUGCCUUAAUGAAGGGGCCGAGCCUUCCCCCACCCCAGCUGAGUGAAAAGAGAAGGCAGGGCCAUGUGGCUUUCACUCUUUGGAGUGAACUGCAUACGCAGACCAUGGAUUCCUCUGGAAAGCCAGUUCUUUAUAGUUAUUUCCGAAGUUCCUGCUCCUGGAGAGUGAGAAUUGCACUGGCUCUGAAGGGAAUUGCCUAUGAUCAGGAACCAGUGAACCUCCUGAAGGAUGGGGGACAGCAGUUUUCUACUGAAUUCCAGGCAGUAAAUCCAAUGCAGCAGGUCCCGGCUCUGAAAAUCGAUGGCAUCAUCUUGUCUCAGUCGCUGGCCAUAAUUCAGUACCUGGAAGAGACCCGGCCUAACCCCAGGCUGCUGCCUCAAGAUCUGAAGAAGAGAGCCCAAGCCCGGAUGAUUUCGGAUCACAUUGUUUCUGGCAUUCAGCCCCUGCAGAACCUGACUUUCCUGAAACAAGUGGGAGGGGAGAAGAAGCUGGAAUGGGCUCAACACUAUAUCACAUGUGGUUUCAAAGCUCUGGAGCGGAUCCUGCAGCACACCGCUGGGCGCUAUUGCAUUGGGGAUGAGGUUUCCAUGGCUGACUUGUGUUUGGUCCCUCAGGUUUACAAUGCUGAGAGAUUUAAAGUGGAUCUGGCUCCAUACCCCACGAUCACCAGAAUCAAUAAAGCCCUUCUGGAGCUAGAGGCAUUCCAAGUGAGCCACCCAUGCCGGCAGCCGGAUACCCCCGCAGAGCUGCGAGCCUAAGGUCCUUCCUACAAGCAGGCUCUGUUCCUCUCAAGCACAAGGGCAGGGAUGGCAGAGAAAUGGAUCACACCCUGCCCAGAGAAGGAAAGCCACACAAGUGCCCAGCAGGCAGCCAUAGCAUUGAUGCAUCCUUGCCAGCUGCAUAGGAGAAAGAGAGCGAGUGCCCCUGCCCCUGUACUCUGAAAGAAGCUGUGGGUGGCCCAUUGCAGACCUGAGUAUGGAAGGGAAAGGUCAUGCUUACCCCUGAUCAUGUUUAACUACCUUCAAUCUCACCAUGUAGCAGAUUAAAGGAGAAGCAUCAAUAGCU